UGUGCUUUGAGGUACACACAGGGGGUCUGCAGGUUUGCAUAGUGUCUCUCCCAAACCCAUGGCCUUCCAGGCCCUCAGAAUGUGACCUUAUUUGGAAGCACGCAUGUUGCUAAUGAAUACUUAGAUCGUGUAGGAUGGGAGUGACUUAAUCCAGCGACUGGUUUCCUUAUAAGAAUAGAAGAGACACAGAGUGGCAGGGGAAGACACCAGGUGAGGACAGAGGCGGAGGGUAGAGUGAGCCCUUCCCACAUCAAGCAACCAAGGAAUGUGGGGCCACCACAGAACGCGAUAGCAUCCGCAGCUGGAAGAGGUAAAGAAGAGACUCUCCUUGCAAGCUUCAGUGGGAGCACAGUCCUGCCGAUGCCUUGAUUUCAGACUUAUAGUCUCCAGCACUCUCGACCUGCCCCGCCCUGCAAAGUGAGGUCCAGAAACUCCAAGGAGUCAAGGAUCAGUGCCCAGGAGCAAGAGUCAGCAGGAGGUGAGCAGAGCAGAGCACACAGAGCAAUGGGACAAGACAGCCUGGCCCUGAGCUGCACCCUGACCGCCAUCUUGGUUCUACAAGUGACAAUCACAGAGCACUUGCCACACACGGUGCCCAGCAAGGCACAGCUCUUUGCGGACCUGAGUGCCCAGGAGCUGAAGACGGUGCACACCUUCCUCCAGUCCCACCAGGAGCUGAGGCUGCAGCCCUCAGAGACACUGACUAUGGCCAAGAACUCAGUGUUUCUCAUCGAGAUACUGCUGCCCAGAAAGCAGCAUGUGCUGAGAUUUCUGGAAACAGGAAAGAGGCCUCCGGCGCGGGAAGCCAGGGUCAUCAUCUUCUUUGGGGCCCAGGAGCACCCCAAUAUCACCGAGUUUGCUGUGGGGCCCCUGCCACAGCCCUCCUACAUGCGAGCACUGUCCCUGAGGCCAAGCCAACAGCCCUCCUGGGCUUCCAGGCCCAUCACUGCAGUGGAGUACACCUUGCUUUUCAAUACCCUGAAAGAGGCCACCAGGCCCCUGCAUCAGUUUUUCCUGGAUACUACGGGCUUCUCUUUCCACAACUGUGGCAACCAGUGCCUGACCUUCACUGACGUGGCCCCUCGGGGCUUGGCCUCUGGCCAGCGCCGCAGCUGGAUUAUCUUACAGCGCCAGGUAGAAGGCUACUUCUUGCACCCCACUGGGCUGGAGCUCCUAGUGGACCAUGAGAGCAUGGAUGUCCAGCGCUGGACAGUGGAGCAGGUCUGGUACAAUGGGAAGUUCUACCAGAGCCCGGAAGAGCUGGCUCGGAAGUAUGCGGAUGGAGAGGUGGACAUUAUAAUCCUGGAGGAACCACUGCCCAAGGGCGAUGGGACUGAGAGCCCAGAGCCCUUAUUUUCUUCCUACAACCCCCGCGGGGACUUUGCCACCUCCAGCCGCAUGGCUGGCCCCCACCUUGUCCAGCCCCAUGGCCCUCGCUACCAGUUGGAGGGAAAUUCCGUGCUCUAUGGAGGCUGGAGCUUUGCUUUCCGUCUGCGUUCCUCCUCCGGGCUGCAGGUCCUGAACGUGCACUUUGGGGGUGAGCGCAUUGCAUACGAGGUCAGCAUACAGGAAGCUGUGGCGCUGUACGGAGGACACACACCUGCAGGCAUGCAGACCAAGUACCUAGAUGUGGGCUGGGGCCUGGGCAGCGUCUCACACGAAUUAGCCCCUGGCGUCGACUGCCCAGAGACGGCCACCUUCCUGGACACCUUCCACUACUAUGAUGUCGAUGACCCUGUCCUCUAUCCCCGAGCCCUCUGCCUCUUUGAGAUGCCCACCGGCGUGCCAAUUCGGCGGCACUUUGACUCCAACUUUAGCGGGGGCUUCAACUUCUACGCAGGGCUGAAGGGUCACAUGCUAGUGCUCCGGACAACCUCAACUGUCUACAAUUACGAUUACAUUUGGGACUUCAUCUUCCAUCCAAACGGGGUGAUGGAAGCCAAAAUGCAUGCCACAGGCUAUGUCCAUGCCACCUUCUAUACCCCUGAGGGGCAACGCUACGGCACCCGCCUGCAUACCCAUCUGCUGGGGAACAUCCACACCCACCUGUUGCACUACCGUGUCGACAUGGACGUGGCAGGCACCAAGAAUAGCUUCCAGACGCUUCAGAUGAAGCUAGAAAACAUCACCAACCCCUGGAGCCCAGGACACCACCUGGUCCAGCCGACCCUCAAGCAGUCCCGGUACUCCCAGGAGCGCCAGGCAGCCUUCCGCUUCGGGCAGACUCUGCCCAAGUACCUGCUCUUCACCAGCCGUGAGAAGAACCGCUGGGGCCACGAGCGCGGCUACCGCCUGCAGAUCCACUCCAUGGCUGAGCAGGUGCUGCCCGCAGGCUUGCCAGAGGAGCGCGCCAUCACCUGGGCCAGGUACCCUUUGGCGGUGACCAAAUACCGGGAGUCAGAGCUGUGCAGCAGCAGCAUCUACAACCAGAACGACCCUUGGGACCCCCCUGUGGUCUUCCAGAAGUUUCUGCACAACAAUGAGGACAUUGAGAAUGAGGACUUGGUGGCCUGGGUGACAGUGGGCUUCCUGCACAUCCCCCACUCAGAGGACGUACCCAACACAGCCACGCCCGGGAACUCUGUGGGCUUCUUGCUCCGGCCCUUCAACUUCUUCAAGGAGGACCCAUCCCUGGCAUCCAGAGAUACUGUGAUCGUGCACCCCAGCAGCAAGGGUCCCAACUACAUCCAGCACUGGAUCACUGAAGACACGGACUGCUCGAGGUUUCCACCUUUCAGCUACGAUGGCACCUACAGGCCCGUGUAAAGGGCCUGGCCCAGCUGCUGCCUGAAGCCAGGAGCCCGAGGGCAAGCAAUAAACCGUCAGCACCCA